AUGGCAAAUCAAGGCCCGUAUAAUUAUUCAUAUAUUUUCAAAUAUAUUAUUAUCGGUGAUAUGGGUGUUGGAAAGAGCUGUCUACUACAUCAAUUCACAGAGAAAAAGUUCAUGGCCGAUUGUCCACACACCAUUGGGGUAGAGUUUGGUACGCGUAUCAUUGAAGUCAAUGGACAAAAAAUCAAAUUACAAAUAUGGGACACCGCUGGUCAAGAACGAUUUCGUGCUGUUACACGUUCAUACUAUCGUGGUGCAGCUGGCGCUCUCAUGGUCUACGAUAUAACUCGACGUGCCACUUACAAUCAUCUAAGCGGAUGGUUAACGGAUGCAAGAAGUCUGACUAAUCCAAAUACAGUUAUUUUUCUUAUCGGUAACAAAGGUGAUUUGGAUGGUCAACGCGAAGUAACCUACGAUGAAGCAAAACGAUUCGCUGAUGAAAAUGAUUUACUCUUUCUUGAAACAUCCGCUAAAACAGGUGAUCAUGUAGAAGAUGCAUUUAUCGAAACCGCUCGAAAAAUCUACCAAAAUAUUCAAGAUGGUUCACUAGACUUGAAUGCUGCCGAAUCAGGUGUUCAACCUAAGCCAUCUGCUAAUCCUCGAUCGGCGAAUGGUACGGUUGGUCUGGACGGAACCGGGCAGAGUGGUGAUUCGAAAUGUCAAUGUUAA